AUGCCAUCAGCUCUGGCUUUCCUCGGGGUAUUUUACCUUUUCUACACCACCUCUGUGGUGCUCUGGAACCUCUAUCUGCAUCCGUUGCGUCAUAUCCCAGGGCCUAAGCUAUGGAUAGCGUUUCCAUUGCUACGCCACAUCUCCAAUAUUCGCGGCAGGCUGGAUAUCGACAUCCGUGCGUUCCACAACAAGUAUGGUGAGGCCGUUCGGUUCGGCCCCGAUGAGGUCUCUUUCAUCACGCCUCAGGCAUGGAAGGAUAUCUAUGGCCACGGUCAUCGGCAGAUGCCCAAGGUCAGGGGCUCCGCCAGCAACCCGAAAGAUAUCAUCAGCGCCAACGAUGUCGAUCACACCCGAUACCGCAAGGCCAUGGCCCAUGCCUUUUCUGCUAAGGGCCUCCAAGCCCAGGAGCCGUUCCUUGUCGGCUAUGUUGACAAGCUCAUCAAGAGGCUGCACGAUAUAGCUAAAUCGCAACUGCCCGUCGAUAUGGUGAAAUGGUACAACCUCACAACGUUUGAUCUCAUCGGCGACCUCGCAUUUGGAGAAUCAUUCGGCGGCCUGGACUCAUCCGAGUACCAUCACUGGGUAGCAACCAUCUUUGAAUCCAUUCGGGCGCUAGCGUUUGUCAAGCUCAAAGACUACUACCCGCUCGUCUUUCAGGUAGUCGCGACAUUUCUUCCCAAGCACCUGAAAGAAGCGAGACAGAAACAGACAGGCCACAGCCGGAUGACCGUGCAGAAACGGCUACAGAGUCAAAAAGAUCGUGGUCAAGCUGAUUUCAUGGAGUCGAUGCUGCGACACCGAGGCGAAAAGGACGGUUUGACCGACGAAGAGCUCGAGGCAAAUGCAGACAUCAUCAUCAUUGCGGGCAGCGAGACAACAGCUACUCUUCUCUCCGGACUGACCUAUUUCUUACUUCAAAAUCCCCAGGCAAUGGAAAAAGUUACCAGGGAGGUGCGGUUCGUCAUGCAGACCGAGGCAGAUAUUACCGUCCAGAAUGCGACGGCUAAUCUUCCCUACAUGCUGGCAUGCAUUGACGAGGCGUUUCGGAUGUACCCCCCUAUCCCUAGUGGCUUGCAACGUAUAACGCCGACAACGCCGAUUGAGAUAUCUGGCUAUCGGAUUGCUCCGAAUACCAAGGUCGCCGUGCACCAAUCUGCGGCCAACCUAUCGCGUCUCAACUUCUAUCAACCCGACAAAUUUAUUCCCGAACGUUGGCUGCCAGAGUCCAAGAACGAUCCCUCGUCGCCGUUCUUCAACGAUAACCGGGACGUUGUGCAACCGUUCUCGGUCGGCCCGCGGAACUGCAUCGGUCGGAACCUAGCCUAUGCAGAGAUGCGUGUUAUUCUUGCCCGAGUGCUAUGGAACUUUGACCUUGAGCGGUGUGAGGAGAGUCGGGACUGGUACAACCAGAAAUCAUAUUCGUUGUGGGAGAAGCCGCCUCUGAUGUGCACGCUCAAGGCUCGGGUGCAUUAA